CUUUGGUCAGCUUGAGGGGUAAGAUAUCAACCUUUGGCCUUUAAGAGAUCUUCUUCUCCCUCUGCUUUGUGUUUUGGACAACCGCAUCUUCCUGCUGCACACCCUUCUCGACAUUCCAGCGUUUCCAGGAAGGAAAGAGCCGGAGAAAAAGAGGCGAUACACAACAAUACCAUUACCAUGACUGGCGGCGGCAUCACGGAUGAUGCCUUGCAACUUGCGGCUCUGGGUCAUACCCAGGAGUUGAAACGAACAUUUUCCCCGCUGGCUAUGCUCGGCUUAGCCUUCGCUAUUCUGAAUUCAUGGACUGCCCUGGCGACAUCAUUGUCAGUGGCCUUGCCUAGUGGCGGGCCUACUUCCGUUCUCUGGGGAUUGAUCACAGCAGGUGUCUGUAAUCUAUGUCUUGCAGCCAGUCUCGCGGAGUUUCUUAGUGCGUAUCCCUCGGCUGGCGGCCAGUACCACUGGGCAGCUAUGUUGUGCCCCAGGAGUCGCAUUAUCUCCUGGAUCACUGGAUGGAUCAACGUCGGCGGAUGGAUGGCCCUGACGGCUACAGGUGGCUUGCUCGGAUCGCAACUCAUCUUGGGUAUCAUCUCGUUGAUGGACCCUUCCUACGAGGCUAAGAGCUGGCAUCAAUUCCUGAUAUACAUCGGCUACAACGUUUUUGCUUUCUGCUUGAACGCUUUUGCCAACCGCAUCAUCCCUCAUAUCGACAAAGGUGCCAUCAUUUGGUCAAUCACUGGAUUCGUCGUCAUUUGUAUCACGAUUUUGGCAUGCUCGUCUCCCAACUACAACUCGGCUGACUUGGUCUUCACCGAGUUCAUCAACGAAACUGGAUGGCCUGAUGGUGUUGCAUGGUUGUUGGGCUUGCUCCAGGGUGGCUUUGGACUUACUGGCUUCGACGCUGUCGCACAUAUGAUUGAGGAAAUUCCUAACCCAAGAAAGACUGGACCCUUCAUCAUGAUCACUUGCGUGGCCAUUGGUGUCUUCACUGGAUUCAUCUUCUUGAUGUGUCUCUUGUUUGUGGCUGGUAACAUUACCGACAUCAUCGAAUCGCCAGCCGGACCUCUUCUUGCCAUCUUGUACAAUGCUACAAGCUCGCGCGCCGGAGCCGUCUGUCUGCUCAUGUUCCCUCUGGUCUGUACUGUCUUUGCGACAAUUGCCAUCAUGACUACCAGCAGUCGUAUGGCAUGGGCCUUCGCUAGAGACAGAGGUCUUCCAUUCUCUAAAUUUUUCAGUAAGGUCCACCCGGGGCUCGAUGUGCCUGUCAACGCACUUGGCCUUACCCUGGCCUUGGUCAUCAUCUUUGGCUGCGUCUUCCUUGGAAGUACCAGUGCCUUCAACGCUAUCACCAGUGCGUCUGUUGUUGCUUUGAGCAUCACUUAUGGUAUCCCAAUUGCUCUGAACGUUCUUCAAGGGCGCAAGGGCUUGCCUGCAGACCGCGCAUUCAUCCUUCCUUCAUGGUUUGCAUGGUUCGCCAACUUGCUUGGCCUUGCUUAUGUUGCAAUCACUUCUGUCCUAUUCUUGUUCCCUCCAGAGUUGCCGGUCAACUCAAACAACAUGAACUAUUGUGUGGUAGCAUUCGGCAUUUGGCUGCUGAUCUCAUUGUUGACCUACAUCUUCGAUGGCAGAAAGAACUACACUGGACCUAAGGUGGACAUGGUCGAUGAUCACGUUCUCACAGCGUCGCCCUCGCCUGAAGUUGCGAGGAUGAAUAACGAUAUAGACUAUUCCGAGAAGGGUAAAGAGUCGGCGCUUUAGAUUAUCUUCACUUGCUCGGC